AUGAGGCCCCUCAUCCAGUCGUCAAAACACUGUUCUAACAGCGAGAAGUUCUGGAACUAUGAGCUUCGGCGGUGGCUGUGCUCUUGGCCCCUACUAGUGACUCUUGCGGGUAUUCACGCCUUCAUCCUGACUCUGGUGUCCGAAGAGUACCGCAACAGGAUUGACAUAGAGAGCUUCUGCCCCCAGCUUUUUGCAGCAAAGGCUAUCUACGCUGACUACUUGGAUGAGCUUCCUGACAACUUCGCAUUCGGCGGAUAUGGUCUCAAGGAAAUCUUUCUCAUACUGCCAGGGCGCUGGAUCUUGUCAGGUGCCACACUCUUCGGCCUCACCCUCUUCUUGUGCGAGAUUCCUUGUUUUAUCGUCUUCAUCUUUGCCGACUGGUGGCGAGCUGUCACCUCUGCACCAGUAAGCAUCCAGGCUACCACGCACAGCCUGCCAGGAGACACCAGCAGAACGAUGCUCGCCUCCGAGGACUUCUGGAACAUGAGCCUACCGGAUCCUGACGUCAUCAACGCGUAUCUCCGCAGCAACACGUCGCUCAGGAACAGCCUCCUGCCUGGGACUCCUCCCCUGCAGCUUAUCAAGUGCCACGUGUACCUCAUGCAGACGGGGAAUUUGUUCAACUUCUACACGGCAGACCACCCGGGGGGGUGUGAAGAGGCCCCUCGCACAGCGCUCAAACCCAUGAGCUCCUAUUCCGCCAGCGAGAUAUUCUGGACGCUUACUUUUCCGAGAUGGCUGUGCUUCUGGCCUUUCCUCCUGGCCCUUGGGUUUGUUCACUUCGUCCUACUGUCACGACUUAAUGAAACAUACGAGCGGCGAAAGCGAUCUGGCGUUUUGACUGCUGCCGAAGAGAAGGCAGCAGGAUUCUUCUUCGUUGCUGCAUUCGCUUUGUUGUACGGUAGCUUGUUUGGGGGCUUCAUAUUCGCCGUCGGAUGGACCGAUACAGAGGAGCUGUACCCUCAGCUUUUGCCAGAUCCUGCGAGCAACAUCAACUCGAUAUUCCAAACGAGCAACGUUAGCCUAAACUUGCACGUCUGCAACGCGACUUCUCCACUAACGGGACGGGACGUGACCCUUUUCCAGUUCUACACGGGCAUGCCACAGAGCUUCUGCUCUCAGCUCCUGGAAGCGAAGGCCGUCUAUGGAGACUUUCUGGACCAUCUUCCGGACGAAGUCAGGUUCGAUUACACCACCGGACCUGCAUUCUUCCCGAUUGUGGGGCGCUCUGUCAUUUUAGCCGCCGCCAUCUAUGGGUGGGCUCUGUUAGUGAUAGAGGCAAUCUAUGUGAUUGCUAUCACUCUCAAUCAACGGUCUAACGUCUCCGAAAGAGAGGUCGAAGCCGUCCUAGCUCAAGAGUUAGACAUGGUAGAACAAUUGUUUGGGGAUCAUAAGCAAGACGCAGAUCUUCCCUAG